UAAUCGUUUCUAACCUUCUCCAUCCAUCUCCUGCCCGUCCCAGGCCCCGCGGUGUCCCUGUACCCGUUCGGCGCAGAGGGAGGUGACAGGGAGUGGGUCCGGAGGACGGUGGAUUUUAAUUCCCCCUUGUUCAAGCCGGAGAUCGGGUUCCCCUUCGGGAAGGCGCUGCGUGACUCCCUCUACUUUACAGACAACGGGCAAAUCAUUUUCCCUCCCACGGACAACGCCGUCCCCUCCAACCCCAACCCGCCUGCCCGGGGCUUCAGCGGCCGCGAGGCGCUGCCGAUGGUGGCCGUGUUUUGGGAGGACGCCGACUUCUCGCGCGGCGUCGGCACCACCUGGUACCAGGAGUACCUCACCCUCGGCUCUACCCGAGACCCCCUCGUCCGUGACGUGGAAGAGAAGGUUGAGAAAUACCUGAAAACCCCCUACACGGCGAGAUGGACCCUGAAGGUGACGUGGGAGAAGGCCCCGGCGUACCCGUCCCAGCAGGACGAUGCUCAGACCAGCACGUACCAGGCCGUGCUCUCCACCGACGGGAACCAGUCCUUCGCCCUGCUGCUGUACCAGGACGGCGGCAUGCGGUGGGACUACGCCGGGCUGGCAGCCGGGAACGUGCUCAUCGGCUUCUCCAGCGGCGAUGGGUAUGCCCAAAACAACGAGCUGACUCAGCAGCCACCGGCUGUUAAAUACCGACCCAACCAGCACCGCAGCUCUGGCACCGAUGUGCGGGGGCUGUGGCUGUACCGGCUGGACAGCCGCGGCCGGGUGAACUACCGCCUGCGCUGCCUGGCGUGGCUGGAGGCACAGCCUGCCCCAACCACCUGGAGCACGGAGCUGCCACCCUGCCCCUGCUCGCGGCCCCAGGCAGAGCUGGACCCCCGCUACCGCCGCAGCAGAGGUGCUGAGCGUGGGGCUGAGCCCCCUCCCGCAGCCGGGGUGGCUGCCACCCUCCGGGAUGGCUCAGACCCCGUGAGGGUGCUGCGCACCGCGUCCCCCAGCCGGGCAGGAGCUGGGGUGCGGUGUGUGUACCGAGGCACAAGCUUGCUGGAGGGCUGGCAGGAGAGGGCCUGGAGCCCACCCAUCCGCACCACGGCCGACGAGGAGCUGGAGGCGUUUGAGUGGUGCUGCUGGCGCGUGGAGAAGCCCCGGUUCUGCACCAGGUUUGCCGAGAAGAGACCGAGGACCGGCUGCAAGGGAUACCUGCCACCCACCCCUGCCAGUGCCUUCGGGGACCCCCACAUCACCACCCUGGAUGGCCUCACCUACACAUUCAAUGGCCUUGGGGACUUUGUCCUGCUGCUGGCCGGCGAUGCCCACAGCAGCUUCGUGCUGCAAGGGCGCACGGCCCGGACCGGCACAGCCCAGGCCACCAACUUCGUGGCCUUCGCUGCCCAGUACGUCUCCAACACCACCACCACAGUUGAGUGGACUUUGGGAAGCCAGGGUGACAUCCAAGUCCUCCUGAACUACCAAACCAUCCAGUUUUCCUACUCCCAAGACAUGGGUGCCGAGGUGCACUACAGCCCUGGGGUGCUGCUGGUCAACGCCUCCUCCGUCACGGCCACCUUUGACGGCACCGUCUCCAUCUCCACCUCAGCCAGCGCCGGGCUCCUCAGCGUGGUGUGCAGCCUGCCGGAUCGGUACCGCAACGGCACCAAGGGCCUCCUGGGUGUGUGGGACGACAACCCUGCAGAUGACUUCCAGAUGCCAAACGGGAGCAGCAUCCCUGUGAACAGCAGCGAGGAGGAGAUCUUCAGCUACGGGAUGACCUGGGCUGUUGGAGAGCACAGCCUGUUCGCCCAGCCCCUGGCCGCACCGGAGAAGAACUUCACCCCCACCUUCUUGUCUCGGCUGCGGCAGGAGAAUGAAAGCCAGUACCAGCGGGCAGCCUCGCAGUGCCGCGGCAGCAAGGAGUGCGUCUACGACAUGCUGAGCACGGGGGACAUGACCCUGGGCCUGGCCACCCAGAGCCUCGUGGAGGACUUCCAGGAGAAGAAGACGGCGCUCAACACCUUCCCUCCUGUCAUCGUUGGGGACCUGUCGCUCACAGCCUUCAGGACGCAGCGGGUGACGAGGCAGUACCGAGCCGAGGGGCCGGGUGCGCUCUUUGUCCCCCACAUCUCCCCGGAGCUCAACAUUUCGGAGAACGGCACCCUGACGUGGGAGCCCCGCGGGACGGCCCCGCUCAGCGUCACCCUGCAGGCCGUGGGCCCCCAGCACCUCGCCGCCCUGCUCCAGCUCAGCUUCACCCUCUGCAGCUGCCGCACGAGCCACGAGUGUGACUACAACAACACGGCCACCGUCAGCGGCUCCUCCCUGCAGCCGGUGUCCCCGUCCCCUUGGCAGCUGGCAGCCUGCAGGUGUGAUGACGGCUACUCGGGUCCCUUCUGCCAGCACCCGCCGGACCCCUGCGCCCAGGGGUGCUUCCCCGGGGUGGGCUGCGACCCGCUCGCCGGCUGCGACCCCUGCCCACGUGGCCUGACGGGGGACGGGAGGCACUGCUCGGAUAUCGAUGAGUGCGCACAGGGGACGGCGUGUCCGGGGAACGGCACCUGCACCAACACCGUGGGCAGCUACACCUGCUCCUGCCCAGCUGGUGUGGAGGGCGAGGGGCCUGGCUGUGGCACAGCCUGCGGGUCCCAGUCCUGCCCCGAGGGCUUCUGCAGCAACGGGGGGCGCUGCCACCUGCACCCCUCCUCCUGUGCGCCCGCCUGCGUGUGUCCCCCGGCCUUCACCGACCAGCGCUGCCUGGUGGCAGGGGGGGACUUUCGGCCCCCGGCCAGCCCAGAUCUGCCCCGGAGGAGCGUGCGGCUGCGGGUCAGGGCGCUGCAAAAUGCCACAGCCGGGGAAGUCAACGCCACCGUCUCAGCCAUCCUGGGCUCCCUGGAGGUGAAGGCUUUCCAGAGUAACACCAACAUCUCCCGCAUGGCCGCUGCUGGCUUCGCCUUCGCCGUGGUGGCCGAGUUCGCCUACGGCAGCAGCGGCUCCGUGAUCCGCUUCCUGAACGAGGAGCUGGUGGGGGCCAUCACCAGAGCCUUCAACGAGCGGCGGGGAUGGCGGGACGCGGGCACACACCUCCUCUUCGAGCACCUGCACCUGGACAACAUCACCGACCUGGUGAAGCUGUCGGUGGCGGAGCUGAGGCACUACUUCUCCUGCACUCUGUACGGCUACGAAGGCUACCAGCUGGACUACCUGGGGACCACCGGCUUCCUCUGCAUCUCCCCUUGCAAGAAGGGCUACUGCCAGCACGGCGGCCGGUGCCAGCACCUGCCCGAGGGCCCCACGUGCAGCUGCACCCCCUUCUCCAUCUUCUCCCCGGCCGGUGCCCGGUGCGAGCAGCUCGCCGUCAGCCUCGCCGCCUUCCUCGGCAUCCUGCUGGGGGCCCUGGCUCUGCUCUGCCUCCUGCUCGCCGCCGCCUGCCUCGCCUUGCGCCUCUGCCGCCGGCACCGGGACCCCUGGGGGACCAAGGACACCUUCUGGAGGCCUCGGCAGUUCUCCUCCCUGAUGAAGGCAGCAGAGAGAGCAGUGAACACCCACGGCUCGGGAAGGCACUGGGAGCCGCGGCUCCAGGCCAUCGACCCAUCCGUCCAGAUAAGGAUCAAGAGACCCCAGGUCAGGGCUCCAAGCCAGCCUGCCCUGCAGCCGUAGCCUCCCCGCAGCCUCCCCAGCAGCGAGACGUGGCCGCUCCUGGGGGUCCCGGCAUCCGUGCCCACCCGGGGCAGGGUCAGCACCGGAUGGGGGCUCCGGGCACGUUCCUGCUGGGCAUGGAGCAUCACAUUUGGGGGCUGUGGGAGCUGCCUGUGCUAUGGGGGGGAUGCUCAGGUCAGUGAAACAAGGGCCUCGCCUUCUGCUGAGGACCUGCAGAAGCGACUGGGGUCAUCCAUGGGUGAGUCUGUCUGGUGUGACCCUGCACAGCGCGGCUGGACCCAGGGAUCAUGACCCACUAUGAACAGAAUAAAUGUGAAAUGUCAGCACGCUGCUGCGUAGUGUGUGCAGCCCACCUCACAGCUCCCCCCAGAUCACCUCUCAGAGCUCAGAUGGCACCGGUCAGGCCCUGGUCCCUGCUCCAAGC